AUGGCUACCGUAUUUGAUAGCCCGUUUAUACGACAACGUUUACAUCGACUUCGACAUCGUGAUUAUGAUUUCGACGAAGACCAGAGAUUUGGAAGAUGUGAUUGCACUAGCUAUUCCUAUUUCGUACUUUCCAUGGUUUUGUUUUCCGUGGGUACAGUAAUAACUGUAUUAGCUUUGGGUGACGGUGAUGGAUACAUUCUCAACAAUUUGGGACACAUGUGGCUUGUAGGUCCGAUUUUUAUAUGUUCGGGAAUGAUGGUUGCUGUUAAAAGUAUGUUGUAUUUACGAAGAAAAAGUGUUAUUCAAAUGCUUCUACAUCAGAGAGCUAUUAUACGGGAUAUGGCUGCAGUCCAGGCUGAACAGGCAUAUAGUGGACAUAUGCCUCGAACAGCUUCAAGUGUUACUCUUCCCCCUUCUUAUGAUGCUCUGAUUUCUGGUGCUGCCACAAGCAAACCACAGCCAUCCAGCUCCGAGCCUCCACCUCCAACAUAUGAUGAAGCUAUGUAUCUUAUAGGUGAUGAGAAAAUGAGAAUCGAAGGUAAAAAUGACGAAAAUCCCAAACAGGAAACAAGUAAUCAGUCUGAUUCAGAUAGUAAACCAUGAAAGGAAAAUCAAAAGGGAUAUACUGAAUUAGUUCUGUAAGGAAAACAUAACUCUUCCUUUUGUACUUAUUAAUAUUAGAUGCUUAGUUACUUUGGUAAAGUAUUCUCGAAUGUGCCUAAAAUAUAAAUUUCUUAGUUAUUAUAUUGUAUGUAAAAGGUUACAUUUACUUAAUACCCUUAAGAUAUGUAUACUUUUAAACUUGUAAAAAAAUUAUACUAACUAGCAUUUGCUUGGAACUGAAUACCACAAAGCUAUUAUAUACUUGUUUUUAUUUAUUUAUUAGCUGUCAGAGAAAAGGUAGAAAUAUAGAAAUAACAAAUACAUAAUAUUAUAUAUUAUUGUGCCUGUAUGAUGCACAUUGAUUUUAAUUUAACAUCUGUACAUGACAGAUUUUUGAAGCAGAUUGCUAUGACAUAAUGUUGACUUAAAUAAUGUUAUUAAUAGAUAAUAUAAAGCAUUUCCGCAUUUUAAUGUUAUAUAAAUGUUAAAAAUACCUGUUUAUUUGAUGGCUAAAAUAUUGCUAUCAAAAAUUAUCAAAAUGGAAAAUUGAUUUAUUCAUCAAAUAUGAUGUCAAUUCAGCCUGUAAUAUUUCGAUCAGAAGUCAAGAUAGCAUGGACCACUCCCAGUGUUAUAUAAGAUCAUAGUUGUCACUCAAUUAUAUAUAUAACAUAGUGACUGCCAAUUACAAGAUAACUCAUAGGUUGUUUACCUGCCCAGGUCACCAGCUCACUAUGCUACCUUGCUGCUCGUUUAGAGAUCAAUUUUAUACAGCUAUGACAAAGGUCAUAGAAUAAUAGUGUAGAUAUAAAUAGUUGGACUCUGGGAGGAGAAGAAAAAUCAGGGUUGGCCUAAAUGAACAGAAAAUUUAUUAAGACAUGAACAAAAUAUGAACUUGAUUAAUAUGUACUAUAAUUAACGUUUUUAAUAAUAUAAUAUGAUUAAAUUAAAUAAAUUAGCUUCUGGGACCGGAAUCCUUGAAAGUGCUGUGGCAGUCAACUUGUUAAACUCGUUAAAGUUAGUUUUGUAAUAAUGAAAACUAUUGCAUUUAAUGACUUUUUGAAUGAAUGAUUUUUUUUGUCAAAAAUGUAAAUUAUGUAUAUCGGCGCAACUCUGCUAUUUAGAUAACUAAGAUGGUUGGGGUUAACCGUUUCGUCAAUGUUAAAAUUGUUGGAUAACUGUUAUAAGUCCAAUGCUUGAGCAUGUCAACAACUGUGUAGACGGUAUUCAGGAAAAACUAUCAUAAAUUUAACUACCCCACGUUUUAUUAUAAAUACGAGUUACUUUUGUUGCACAACACAUUCCGGAUCAAGCGGUCGAACGGAGCGGACCUCUCGUCAUGUAUUUAUAAAACCAAUCUUUGUUUGAAACUAUUAUUUUCCAAUUAGUCUAAAUAUCAGAUUUUACUAAGUAAUAACAGUUGAACAAUUUUAAUUAACUACUUCAUUGGAAACUGAAUUGCAGUCCGUAACAAUUAUUAAAAUUAUUUUUACGGCUAGUUGCACUUAACAGAGAUUUUUAUGGUCACAAACUACAAAUAUGAGGUUACGAAUUGCCUGGAUUCCUAAAAUAUUAGAUUUCUAGCGAAGUUGCUAUUUAGAAUACAGAAAAUUAGUAAUUUUUCGAUAAAUUUUUUUAUUACUCGAAAUAUGCACCCAAUGGUAUUGG